CUCUCCUACCACAUCGAAUAUUAACUGGAACAAGAGGAAACAAAGAUCCCUUUGCUUUCCAAUUCUACACCAAACAGAGUGAUGAAGAUGGUCUGGAAGGUCACUCGACAGCUUUCGAUUAAAGGAAAGAGAAGUCGCAUAUGGGCAGGAGCUUUUCUCUGUUGGGUUUUGCUCAUGUUGGUCACUCCCAAAAUUUCUCACUCCCCAAAUCACCAUCACUACGCUGACAUGCGCAAUUUCCUUGGAGUGCCCAACACAUUGAAUGUGAUCACCAAUUUCCCAUUCCUGGUGGUUGGGGUUCUGGGUUUUGUUCUAUGUGUCCAAGGGGGCUUCUUCAAUAUCAGUUUGCAAGGUGAAGUUUGGGGCUGGGCACUGUUCUAUGCAGGAAUAGCAGGGCUGGCUUUUGGGUCUGCUUAUUAUCAUUUGAAGCCUGAUGAUAGUAGGGUGACUUGGGAUACGUUGCCGAUGAUGAUCGCAUUCUCCUCGCUUUUCUCUAGCUUUUUAGUGGAGAGAGUGGGAGAGAGAAUUGGCUUAAGUUGUCUACUCGCUCUCCUAUUUAUUGCGUUUCUUAGUUCUGCUUAUGAGAGGAAAUGUAAUGAUAUCAGAUUGUACAUGAUGUUCCAAUUGAUUCCAUGUAUAGCAAUUCCAGGAAUGACAUUUGUAUUCCCACCCAAAUAUACUCACUCAAGAUAUUGGCUUUGGGCAGCAGGGGCUUACCUUCUCUCAAAAUUUGAAGCCUUUGCUGACAUGAAAAUAUACCAUGCAAAUCAGUACACUAUCAGUGGGCACUCCUUGGAGCAUUUAUGUUUAGUAAGCGUCCCUAUUCUUCUCAGUAUUAUGCUUGUGCACAGAAACAGGAAGUGUCAAAGAAUAGGCACCCUCAAAGAAUGUUCAUGAAGCUGGCAAGACAAGGCAAACACAUUUUCUUUGCAGCUAAUCUAGUUGGUGCUUAAAAGUUUUCUAUGAAUGGGAGACAUUGAAAGUAAAGACUAAAGAGCGGUUCUGCUUGACAUAGCUCAGUGUGAAGAUUAGUCAAGAACGUCCCCACUUGUUCCAUCCCAGUGGCUGCGAAAAUGAUCAACACCCCAUUGACUACUAUAGCCUAGGAUAGUUGAAAGUUGAAACAAGAAAAUUUGUUAUUGCACUCGAUUUCAGAUUAUCGAUCCUUCUGUAACUGGACUCCAGUCGACAGAUUAGUUAACUGAUGAUCAAGGUGUUAAGAUUUUGAU